AGGCCAUCAACAAUACGUGUGUUCGUCAGAAGCGUGUGAUAACUGCUACAGGAAAGUUAUGGCGUACUAUCCCUACUACCCGUCCAGGAUGAGGGAUUUUCGUGUAAGCUCGCUCCUUGAAGGAUGUUCACAGUUUAUUCCUGGCAUGCCAGGCAGCAGUUCGUCUAUUCCAAACAAUUUGAAUUCUAACAGUCCAUAUAUGUAUCCACCACCGUACCAUCCACAACAACUGACCAAACAGCCAUCUCACUUUGGGCCGGCCGCUAUGGCCGCUCCACAUUCUUCAUCUCCUCAAGUACACAUGCCAAGUCAUGACUCUGAUCUGGACACUGCCGACAUGUCUCUGGACAACAAAGAUCUAUGGAUGAAGUUUUAUAACGAAAAAACCGAGAUGGUCAUUACCAAAGCAGGCAGGCGUAUGUUCCCUCCUAUUAAAUGCCGUGUCACAGGACUUGAUCCAAGGGCAAAGUACUUCUUCCUACUCGACAUUGUCCCUGCUGAUGAUUGUAGAUAUAAAUUUCACAACUGCCGCUGGAUGGUCGCAGGAAAAGCGGACCCCGAACUGGCCAAACCACUAUAUAUUCAUCCUGACUCUCCGAGUACUGGUGCACAGUGGAUGCAGAAAACUAUUUCGUUUCACAAAAUGAAAUUAACUAAUAACAUCGCCGACAAGCACGGAUACACAAUUCUUAACUCUAUGCACAAAUAUCAACCGAGAAUUCACAUCGUACGAGCCGAUGAAGGWUACAAAUAUCCCCCAAAUUCCCCAUUUAAGACGUUCACGUUCGAGGAGACCCCCUUCAUCGCAGUGACGGCGUACCAAAAUGAAAAGAUAACGCAACUCAAAAUCGAUAAUAACCCCUUUGCCAAAGGGUUUCGGGAGGAAGGAGCCGGUCAUCGAAGACGAAUGGAAAGAAGAAGAAGGACCGAAUCGGGCAACGAAGAAGAUCUCGAAGAUGAAAACGAAGAUCAUAAUAGUGAUGACGGUGAACAAAGACGAGAAAAGAACGCAGUUUCUCCUGACUCUAAAAACACAAUUGAUCAUGGUGACUCUCUGACGCACAACGGUGAUGGCAGGGUGGAUAUUAAACCCGUCGUUUCACAUCCACAAGAUGACACGCGUCACUUUAACGACUUCAGUCAUGCGCAGACUGUCCAUCUACCUGAGGAUACAAAGCCUGUUCAUCUACAACAUGAUUCGAGUGACGGUGCAGUAGCUGGACCUUUAUCGGUCCCACAACAUUUAAAGGCACCCACACCUAGAUCAUUCCAUAUGGAUAUGAGAUUCAAUCCGUACUCGCGCGCGCCAUACUCACUGAACAGCGGUUUUAUGCCCUCCCAUAGUCAUGGUCAYGUAUACCCAUCAUGCAGCAUUCCUCAGGGUGUGUAUCCAGGCUACCAAGGUAACCAAGGAGGAUAUCCUUCGUUCAACAGCACAAGUCAGGGUGGCUUUGGAUAUCCUGCAGGUAUGUCAACAGCUACAAUGGUCGGAACUCUUCCAAACGACACACAGACAAGUUCGGAACUACAUAAUUUGGAUUCUCAUGGAGCAGAACAUAGAGGACAUACACAAUAACAAAUUCAUAUCUAUAUAUCGAACGUUAAUAUUAUAUCUUGGUAACGAUCAUAUCUAUAUAUCGAACGUUAAUAUUAUAUCUUGGCAACAAUGAUGCGUUGCCACCAAACUAUUGCUGUGCAAAAAAAAUAUUAGCAUUUUGUUAAUUGCUUGCCUCGACACAUUCUUUUAUUUGCUAUUGAAUAGUAAAUUCUCAUUUUUGUUGGCUCCUGGAGAGUUUCGGACACUUUUUCAGAUUAUUUUCUUAGACAUGGUAUUUUUUUGAGGUAACGCAAAACACCAGUUUUUCCUGCUCAAGGUUUCUGGAAGAUUUUUCCGUUUUCAUAAAGUUUCACGUCAUUAACGGYGAAGACUAUAAAUGCAGAUUAGCAUCAAAAGGACUUGAUGAAAGAAAAUCACAUAAACAGAGAUUGUAAGAAAAACCACUUGUGCUUCUUGAAAUUCUUGGGGUUGGACUCCUUGAGGAUUAGAAAUUUAAAGGCUUUAUUAUUUACAAAUAUUCUGCUGAAUUAUUUAAAAAAGAAACAUUUAUAACAAAAGACUUUGUAUUUUAUUUUAUGGCRUCAGGAUUUGUGGCUGUUCGGCCUGAAUCCUUUAAUUUUCUUGUAUAUUAUUAGCUAAUCUAAAACAACAUCAUUAACAACAAAAAAUAAUCUUGAA